AUGACAAGGCCUAGCACUGGGGAGUCAUUAGGCACCAGGAUGCUGAAUGACUAGAUAUAGGAAUGACUAGUCUCCUCAUGCUUAUGAGGGUUAGACCAUGUUGAGCCCUAUUUUUGUUCUGUGGGAUGUUGGAUAUCCCUUAUAUACCUAUGGCUCCAUCUUCAUCAUUAUUCUAAUUAUCUGGCAAGUGAAGAGGAGUCACCAUGAAUUGAAGUUGGAACCUAGAAAGAGCUGCUGCUGGCGUCACCGAAAAGUCAAGCAAAGGGCUAGAGAUGCAGGAUCAAGAGCUAGAAGACUAUCCCAGGAAGAAGCUGAGAAGCCACGGAAGCUGUACUCUAACAUGAAAAGCCAGGGCUGGCUUCCUCAGGAGGCAGGUGUGCGGCGGCUCCUAUGUGCGGAUCCCUGCUGCCAAAUCUGCAACGAUGUGGCUCUGGAGAUUCAGCAAUUGCUGGCGGGUGAGAACAACCAGACCUCCCCAAACAGCCAGACCUCCCCCACUCUAUCGGAGCCAUCGCAGGGCUCUUCUCACCUGGAUAUUUUGUCUGUAUCUAGCAUAUCUUUUGAGCAAAGUCUGGAACUUCAUUCUCAGCACACCAGAGAGCUUUCACUGGCAUCCGACACCCCAACACUGUCACAAUUAAUGGAUCAGAAAACUUCAACCCACUCUGCUGCCCCGUUCACUAGUUCAAUCAGGGUCCAAGAUUACUGGGUUGAUCACCUGAACCUAGGGCAGGGAUUUCAAAUGCCAGAUGUGCCCAGGGGUCCAGACAGUAUGACUUCUUCAAGUUUUGAGGAGCCUACAGGUCAAGUGAACCAGCAGGACAUGAUUCAGAGCAAUCCCAACCAUGUACAGGGGAACCAAGACCCACAUCACUUAGAGCCCCAGGUCUCUCUGCGGCCCUUGAACCCAGAAAUCACAACCCUGACACAUCCAGUGGCCUCGGAUAUGGCCUCAGUACUCCCUGCCAAUAUGCCAUUCCUCAGUCCUAAUGUACUGAGGUUUCUUGAGGUACAUGUAAAAAAAUGGAUACAUUUCCAGAGGUGGGGGCUCCCCAGACGUGUGGAGGAGUCCUUGAGGCAGCUUAUGCCAAACCCACCAUUGCAUUACCAGCCUGGAAAUAACCAACCAGUUUCUUAUAUCCUGAACAAUACUUCUCAGGUAUCUGUUCAUAGACUUGAAACCAUUUCCCACCAGACCUGGUGUUCAUGUAUGGCUGGUCAGCCCAUCCAGACCUUCUGGGUUUCUGAAUGGUCCACUAUGAACCCCAAACAAAGACACCACUGUCAGAAAAUCCCAGACCCAAUGGCCCUAGCCUCACACUCACCAGCCCUUAAAGCCCUAAGUGGCCUCUAUCCACCACCUGGGGGACAGGCUAGUGACUUAGACAGCUAUCUGCACCAGAGAUACAGCCAGCUAUUCUGUGGCCUCCCUUCUCUGCACAGUGAGUCCCUGGUUGCCACUUUCUUGGCCUCUCAAGCCCUCUCCAAGAAUGAAAAUUUGUCCAAGCUCCCCUUGAAAGAUCCUAUUCUCUUGAAGGAUCUCUCCUUCCUCCCCCUGCUGCCUAAAACACCACCCCAGUCAACCCCGCCCUCUUCUCCACCUUCCCCAAAUUGGGUGACUCCAUCUGAUCAUCAACAAGCUCAUAUCCAGAAUCAUGUCCCAUUUCUGACUCUGGCUGAGUGUGAAGCCUUGGAGUGUCACCUACUACAGAGGCAGUUACAGCUUCAGUGGGGCAUGCCAGCUGUCUUCCAGAGAUCUCAGCAUGCCCAGAGCCCCAUGCAAUAUGAACCCUGUGGCAAAACCCAUUCUCCUGAGACUAUGACAACUUCCUGGCCAGGGAAGCCUGUCUCAGUCCUCAACAGUGAACUACUCUUCUUCCCGGAGUAUGCCCAGAAGAGGCUAGACUUCCACCUCCAGAAGCAGUUGAUUCACCAUCACUGGGACCUACCCCAGAACAUCCAGCAGUCCACCCAGCUGCUUCUUUCCUCAACUGACCAACAGGCUUUGUCCUGGCACAGCACAGCCCUUGCUACUUCAAGCGUUCGCCAGCCUGUGGCUCUUGAGGCCAACAGGGCUGGUAAUGAGUUAUCAACCAUCAUGUCCCCACACUUGUUCGCCCAAGCCAAGGCAAUAUUGCAGAGCCAUAUGGAUUCCAAAUGUGGAGAGAUCAACCAUGGCAAGCUCCCUGCCUGUGUAUAUAGGUCCUGGGACUGCAGAACUACUGGGGAACUGGCAGUGGCUCCCCUCCCCUGCAUUCCAGAAAGCCAGCCCAUGGUGCUGCAGGCAACUAGUGACCCUGACCUGCAUCACAAAGUUAUGCCCUGGAUGCCAACGGCCCUCAAUCAGCAGCAACAGGCUUUACCAGGUCCUAUCAGUAGACACCCGAGGCUGCCCCAAGCCCUCUCUGAGGGAGCCAUCGAGAAACUGGAGACAACUUUACGGCACAAGUACCUGGCCUUCCUGUCCGGGCUGCCUGCUCUUUAUUACGUGGCUCUCUCCAGGGCCAUGGCCCCAGCAGUCACUAGCAAAUCCAUAAUCACAGAGCGGGUGCCUGGGCCUACCAAAAUCCCAGAAGAGCCUGUGACUCAGAUAAUCUCGUCUGAAGAACAGUAUGUAAGUCUCGGGCCAAGCUUUCAAAACAACAGUGAGACUGGUGCAGACACCGCAGAAGAGUCCAAGCCUGCAGUACCAGUGGAAGGAACAAUGGAGAUGCUGCCUCUAGAAAGUCAGACACAUCCUGCUAUCCUCCACUCACACAAGACACAUAUGUUGGCCAAACUACGUUUCCACCUGAGAAAAAAGACCCUAGAGAUACAAUGGGGAAUUCCCAUCAGGGCACAGGAGUCCAGGGAACAAACUGCAGCAGUCCUAGAGAACAAAUCCACACAGGAGUCUCUUGGGAGUCUAAACAACCAAGGAGAAACAUUGCUCCAAGAACUUUCUACACCCCCAGAUCCAGAAUGGGUUCACCAUAAAGAACAGCAGAUUGCUGAGUUAAAGGCAGUGCAGCAGAAUCAAAAGCAACCUAGUUCCAAAGCAGUGUCACAUGGUUCUGCCCACUGUAUCUGCAAAACCUCACAACCCAGUGGGGACAUGACAGAGGCCCAGGUGCUUUGUGUUCAUGUGGAGGCCAGUGUGAACACCACCAGCCUGGAGGAAUCCUGGAGCUCUGAGCCCCAAAGCCCUGGCAAGACCAAGGACCCAGGUAAGGUUCCCACGCUUGCAGAAAAGAGGGAAGACCCAGAGAAACCCAAAGCAGCUGGGGACUGUGGAGAAGGGGAUGCAGGUUUUGGGCUCUCCUCAACCACAGAAAAAAGACACCCAGGUGAAAACCAGAGACCAGCAGGGAUGCCGCUGAACAAGACACCCCAUGGCUACUGGCAAAGGAGUCAUAGCUUUCAGUUUGCUGAUCCCUGUCAGCACAGCCCCCAACAUCACCCUCAGCUUAAGCUUCCAGAGUUACCUCCAGGAGUCCCUGGGAGGAAAGAAUCUGAGAAUGACCUGCAAGACAGUCAAACCAAACUACAUGCCACUCUCAAACCAGCAAGGAUUCCUGAGAAUGCCCAGCCUGUGGUGUCCCAGACUUCACAGGGUCAGGCUUUCCCAAGUCAAGUAUUUAAGACUAAGCCUCUUCAGGGCCAAACUUUACAAGGUCAACUUUUGCAUGGGCAGGUGAUACCAGCCUGUACUCACAAACAGCCUGGUCUUCCAGAGGCUAACUUGAGAAGUAAAGCAAGAUCCUUUCUGCAACGUAUUAACCCCAAGGCAAAAGGCAAAGGGCAUAAUGACUGCAUAUUUCCUAUAGCUGAGAAAGUGACCAAAACCAGAAAAGAAAAUGUUGAAAAGAGCCCAGCUCCAGCCAAAAGUCCUAUGGGGAGACCUAAGACAGAGAAGCCAACAAAGCACUCCAUUGACCAGUCUUCCCCCACCAAGAAGCCAGUAGGCCAGGCCUCCUUCAAUAAUUCCCAUUGCCCAGACAAUAAGCUCCGGCUGCGCCCCAGACAAUCUGGCUCUGCCUCAGUCCAGGGCCAUCUUCACCACUGCCCUCGGCACUAUCCUCGAGUAGACCGUGCCACUUAACAAAGGCACCCACCCUAAAUCCCAACCCUUA